UGUGCUUCUAGAAAAUUCGGGUAAUGCCUACAAAGGGAAUAAUAUCAAGACUCUGUGAACUGUGUUGCAGAACCGGCGUUAAACUGCGAUCGACUGACUGAUUGUCAGAUUAAAGCAACGUGUUUUGUGCGAUCGAAAAAAGGGUUUUCUUUUAAAGAUUUUUGUCUUUUAUCACAGUUUUAAACUAUUAUGGCCGCGAUGUCUGUCAUAGGUAUUGAUUUUGGUAAUGAAUCUUGUUAUAUUGCUGUUGCAAAAGCAGGUGGCAUUGAGACAAUAACUAACGACUACAGUCUAAGGGGUACACCGUCAUGUGUGGCCUUUUCACCAAAGAACCGAAUAUUAGGUGUAGCUGCCAAAAACCAAAUGGUGACAAAUAUGAAAAAUACCGUAUUUGGAUUUAAAAAACUUUUAGGUAGAAAAUAUUCAGAUCCUCAUGUACAAAAAGAACUAAAACAUUUCCCAUUCAAGGUAGAACAGAGAGCUGAUGGUGGUAUUGGUAUUAGAGUCAACUAUCUAGGUGAAGAUAAUGUAUUUAGUCCUGAACAGAUUGCAGCAAUGCUGUUCACAAAGUUGAAAGAUAUAGCUGCAACUGCAUUACAAACUCAGGUUAAUGAUUGUGUGAUAUCAGUACCUAGUUACUUUACUAACGCAGAGAGGAAUGCUUUACUAGAUGCCGCAUCAAUUGCUGGUCUGAAUGUAUUGCGCCUUAUGAAUGAAACAACCGCAACUGCACUUGCCUAUGGUAUAUACAAGCAAGAUUUACCUGCACCAGAAGAGAAACCACGAAAUGUCGUUUUUGUUGAUUUCGGUCAUAGUUCCCUUCAGGUUUCUGCAUGUGCAUUUAAUAAAGGUAAAUUAAGGGUCCUGGCUACCUCAGCUGACCCCUUCUGUGGUGGAAGAGACAUUGAUAUGGCUUUAGCGGAAUAUUUUUGUCAAGAUUUUCAGACCAGAUUUAAACUUGAUGCAAGAAAAAAUCAGAGGGCUUUCCUCCGACUUUUGCAAGAAGUAGAAAAACUCAAAAAGCAGAUGUCCGCAAAUAGCACUCGGUUGCCCUUAAACAUUGAAUGCUUUAUGGAGGAACGUGAUGUUUCUGGAGAGAUGCAACGCUCUCAAAUGGAACAAAUAUGUACUGAGACAUUUAACAGAGUCGAAAGAACCCUACGGGGCUUAUUGCAUAAUGCCAAAUUGAGAGCUGAAGAUAUAAGUGCUGUAGAAAUUGUGGGAGGUUCAACUAGAGUGCCUGCAGUUAAAAACUUGAUUGAACAAGUAUUUGGCAAACAAGCAUCAACAACAUUAAACCAAGACGAGGCCGUAUCCCGUGGCUGUGCGCUGCAGUGUGCAAUGUUGAGCCCCGCAGUGCGCGUGCGUGAGUUCAAUAUAACCGACGUCCAGCCCUACGCUGUUCGCCUCGCUUGGGACGCCGCCAGGGGCGAGGAUGGUGAUAUGGAAGUCUUUCCAGCUUUCCAUGCUGCGCCAUUUUCCAAAAUGCUCACUUUUUACAGAAAAGAGCCGUUCUCAGUUAGCGCAUACUACUCUGAUCAAGUGCCCUACCCUGAUACUUUCAUUGGUCAGUGGAAUAUAAGGGAUGUGCAACCGACGGCUGAAGGAGAGUCACAAAAAGUUAAACUUAAAGUGCGAGUUAACAUUCACGGUAUAAUCACGGUUGCCUCUGCAUCUCUAGUGGAGAAAAAGCAGGAUUCUUCUCAAAAUGAAAAUGUUGAAAUGGAAAAUUCCAAUGACAACACCCAGGGUUCCCAAGACGCCCCAAUGGAGACAAACGGCGGCACCCAGGAACAACAGCAACAACAACAGAAUGGGCCCGAGAACCAAGAGGUGAGAGAGGACGAAAUGAAAGACGAGCCGCAACAAAAACAAUCGUGGACACAGAGAGUAGGACAGUGGUUCAGCGGGGAAAACAAUGAUGACAAAAAGGAUAAGUCUAAGGAUAAAUCCAAAAAGGUACUUGUGAAGACUGUUGAGUUGCCCAUUGAUGCAAGAACUCAUGGAUUUGCCCAGCAUGACCUGAACAGCUAUAUGGAGCAAGAGGGUAAAAUGCAAGCCCAAGAUCGUCAAGAAAAAGAGCGGGCGGAUGCACGUAACGCUCUCGAAGAGUAUGUGUACGAACUAAGAGGAAAGCUGUCGGAGGGCGAAGUGUUGCACGAUUUCAUCGCAGAGGACCAGCGUCAGAAACUUGUGAACCAGCUUGAUGCUCUGGAGCAAUGGCUAUACGACGAAGGAGAAGAUCAGAACAGACAAGUAUACAGCGACAAAUUGGGUGAGUUACGAACAGAAGGUGAACCCAUUAAGCAACGCCGCCUCGAGUUUGAACUUCGCCCGGGUGCCCUCGACGACUUUGCUCUUGCUAUCCAGUUGACUAACAAGGCGAUCGACCUGUACAGAUCUGGUGAUGCGAAGUACGCGCAUUUGUCUGAAGCCGACAUUCAGAAAGUCGCAGAGGCGUCAAAGAACGCUCUGUCAUGGCUGGAAAGUGCCCGGCAGACGCUCGCUCACGCGCCUCGACACUUGCCACCACCGCACACCACCCAUCAGAUACGUCAGGAGAGACAGAAUUUGGAAAACAUCGUGAAUCCUAUCCUAAACAAACCCAAACCUAAAGAGAAGACUCCACCACCGGCUAACCCUACCGCGGGUGACGGGCAACCGGCCGAUGCGCCUGCGCAGGAACAAAUGGACGUCGAAUGAUCCAACUGCUACACACACUCUCAAAUACACAGCUAAAACUGAAUAACAACUGCUUUGAAAAGAAGCCAUUCCAGAUCAAAUUCUAAAUAAUUUGUUGAUUAUUACCAUAGCUUAUUUGAAAAGUCGUUAUAGCUAGGUCAUUAUUUGAGCUAAAAAGCGGUGACUAUGUCAACCUGACUUCAAUUGCAUUUUUAUUGAAUCUCUUCAUAAUAAACAUUCUAAUUUUAUGUUACAGAGGAGAGAUGAGAAUGACAUUAAAUAUCGAUUAUAAUGCCUUUAUAUCUACAAAAAGUAUAGUCCUUGAUAAAUAUUAGCCUAAAUCAAAAAAUAAUGUAGAUACUAAAAAGCACACCUAAAGUUGUUAUUUAGUUGGAUGGACCUCUUAAUUAUCUCACCUAUACACACGUCUCAUGCAAUUUAUUAUAGUCAAUAUUUAUUUUUACUUAACAUGUGGCAAAUUGCAAUUAAUGUGAAUUUAAUUUUAAAAAUUUUGUUAUUUCUUGAAAACGAGUGUCUUAUAUUUUAUAAAAUAGUGCAUUUUUAUGUAAUACACUGGAUAGUAUUAAUUAUACAAAUUUCGUGGUUUAUGUAUGUUUAUUUUGUACCGUUGCUACAUGUUUUAAAUGUGAUAAAAUUGAAUAAAUUAUUUUGCUGAAUGUGUAAGCAAACAAUUAUAUGAAAUAUGAAAUGUUGCUUACUGCUUCAGUUUAUACUAUAGUAUAAUUUUUUCUGUUUUGGUCAUUAUUAGCUAAUAAUUAAAAUUAAUAUUAACUUA